CCGAGAUGCGUAUAGAUGACGCAAAAUCCCUCCACCAAUGGGACCGUUACGUCUUCAUUCGUUUAGCCAAUAGAAGCACGAAGAGAAAAAAACCCGGCAGCUUAUUGAUGACGUAUGUGAACUGAAGCACAAAACCGCGUGAAAAUGCUCUUCUACUCGUUUUUCAAGUCCUUGGUCGGCAAAGAUGUUGUGGUGGAGCUCAAGAAUGACUUGAGCAUAUGUGGAACAUUACACUCAGUUGAUCAGUAUUUGAACAUCAAACUGACAGAUAUCAGUGUCACUGAUCCAGAGAAAUAUCCGCACAUGUUGUCGGUGAAGAACUGCUUUAUCCGUGGAUCGGUGGUGCGGUAUGUACAGCUUCCUGCGGAUGAAGUGGACACACAGCUACUACAGGAUGCUGCACGCAAAGAAGCUAUGCAACAGAAACAAUAAUGCGUUUACAUUUGAGAAAAGGUUUUGUUGGACUGUUCACACACACCAUCUGUGGAGUUUUGUAGAUUAAAUAUAUCCUUUUCUUAACUAAAACUUUAUGUAAAGUGUGGAUUUUUUUUUGUAAUUUUCCCUUUUUCCUCUGUUGUCAUGAGGCCCAUUGUUGAAAGGGUGUGACAUUUUUUCAGUUAGUGGUUGUGUGCUUUUUAAUGAAUGUUUUGGUUUGGUUCAAGGUUCUGUACUGCAUCCAAAUGCUUUGUUUUAGUUAAUUACAGUAAUACAGUACUGUACUGAUACAGUAAUAAAGUAUUUUUCCAUCACCACCUUUUUGAUGAAAAAGCUUGUGUUUGUUGUUUUUUUAGUUCAGCCAUUGACAAACUGUACAUUGCCCAGCAUUAAAUGUUAAGGUGUAGGCAUGAGUCUCUAUGAUUUAUGAUUUGUUGAAUAUGGGUAAUGUGGGCUGCAUAUGUUUUUGUAUUUAUUAUUUCUCUAUAGGGUGGUAAAGAUUUGUAGCUAUUUUAAAUGGUAGGAGGCUAAGUCAUUUGGCAUUAUGACAAGUAAUAUGAUUUUUUAAUAAUUUAUUAAAAUUAUUUAUUCUUAUGUUCAACUAUGCAACUUAUUUUACACCCAGUGUUUUCAAACGGAAUCCCUGCAAAUACAGAUGAGAUAUCACAAGAUAAAUAUCACAAGAUUUUUUUAGGAAUAUCGACUAUAUUUUAACAGUCUCAAACUGACUAUUUUAGCAGUCUUAUUGCUAAUGUUAAGAGUACUCUUGAAAGUCACCAUGGGAUCAAAUUUUUGUAUAGAAUAUUGCAGUAUUUAUUAUAAAUGAUUUACCCGUGUACAUUAUUAUUAUUAAUUUUUAUUUAUUUAUUUUAAAUUCAUGUAUUAGUAAUCUUGAAUCGAAAUAACUUCCCUUCCUACUUCCAGUGACAACUUUGACGUGUUUCCUGGCGCGAGGGCGGAACAACACUAGUUGCUACACUAUUGUUGCUAGUCACUCACUAGCAACAAUAGCCAAUGACAACGAUGGACAAAAUCAAGUCCCGCCCUACAUUUUGUCUUGUUCGAGAAGCCGUGCCUCUCAGAUGUAUGUCACAAUAGGGAAGCAAAAAAGACUAUCGCAACUUCCGUUUCAUGAGUUCCGAAGGAUUUGCUAAUUAGCUCACUAAUGAACUUGAAAUCUGUUAAUUUUAUUGAACCUUGUGAACCACUAAUUAAGACGAAUUGCUAUCAGCCGUUUGUUAAUUUUCCAUUUUAGGCCUUACUGAUACGCUCACAGAUUACUCUUAAAUUACACAAUGAGUUUAAUGAGAAUGCAUACGUUUCUGUAUCCUUCAAAGGCGCGUUCCGAUUUAUCUCGAGCUCCAUGAUGUCCACAACAACACUAUAGGCCUACGUUUUGAAACAGCCUUUAAGUAAAAAAUAAGUAGUUGAUUUUAUUCCAAUUACCUUUUCUAAAUUUCAUUGGUCUGUUAGUGUUUACAAAGAUUAAUAACGACUGUUACAUGGCAUCUGACAAGCACGAUAUUCUUUCAUACUGAAAGAAUACCAGACAAGUUCAAGUGGUGCUCGUCUGUGUUUUCAGGAGAAAUUCAUGAACGAGGGCUUCGACAUGGAGUGUUGCUCUGAGGUGCACCAAAGCAAAAUGGACGAGCACAUUCGGAAAGGUUAUGCUCUAACCUCUAUACUCAACGAGCUGUUUGAAGAAAAGAUUUCUACUCAGAAGAAAAAUCACUGGAUACUUGGACCUGAGGACCUCAAUGAUACUCUUGUUCAUGAUUUUGAGAUGGAAGAAGCAGCAUGAGCUUUGCAUCAGUGCCUGCAUUGUUGUGCAUUUACCUGUGAACCAAAGUUGCAGGUGAAACUGCAGUUUUUAAAAAUAACUUCAACUAAUAGUAAACUGUUGUAAAUAUGUUUUGUGUUCUUAAGCGUAUUAAAAUGCAGACCCGGAGUAGCCAAGCUACUUCAAAUUCUA